UGCUUUCUGCAGUAACAAGUUGCUAUGAGAAUGAAGUAAAACUAUCACCUGAGUAUGAAAUAGCUGGUACUUAUGGAGGUGGUUCCUUGGAUUGGGUCAUGCUAAUGAAAUCUGUAAUCGGUGGAAUUACAGAGGCCAAAAAACAAGACGUCAACUAUGGUGUAGCUCAAAAUUCAGUUCAACUUCAAUCUGCUAUGCAGGUAGAGAUGUUAAUCGAUUAA